GGUUCACCCACCACAGUGACGUCACAGCCGGGACGGAGGCUCCUGAUCCACGGGUUCACCCACCGCGGUGACGUCACAGACCGGGACGGGACGGGGAAUGGCUCGGCCGAGGAAGAAAAGCACCCCGGGGUGUUCAGCAUGAGGCAACAGAGACAACUACCAGAGCAGUAGUAUCAACACCACAAAGAAACAGAGGAGGAGGAGGAGGAGGAGGAGGAGGAGGAGGAGGAGGAGGACAGACUGUGUGACAUUUAAAAAGAAAGAGAAGAAGAUGAAGAUGAAGAUGAAGGGAGGAAGAGUGGAGCUGCUGGAGGUCUGCUGUCUGCUGCUGCUGACCGGAAACUCACUCUGCAGAGACUCUCAGCAGACUGAACACCUCUCCUCCUAUCAGCUGACCGUCCCUCGACCAAUAGGAGGCCGGCUGAGGAGGGACGCGGCCGGAAGACCCCCCAAUCAGGUCUCUUACGUCAUCAGUGUGGAUGGAAACGAUCACGUUGUUCAUCUGGAGAGAAACGAACGGCUGCUUCCUGCAGACUUCACCGUGUUCUCCUACAGUCAGAACGGAUCCCUCAUCACAUCCAGACCACCUGUACAGGACCACUGUCACUAUCAGGGCUUCAUUCAGGACAUGGAGGGUUCUGCUGCUGCUAUGAGCAUCUGCAACGGCCUCAGAGGAGUCUUGCAUCUCGCUGACGACAGCUAUGGCAUCGAGCCAUCAGACUCCGCCCCUGACCAGCACCUGGUCUACCGCCUCCAGGAUGUGACAUCACAGCCCCGGGGGUGUGGCACGCCGCACGAUGACGAGCAUGGCCACGACAACAACGCCACGGAGCACGCUCAGUACAAAGCCGAGGAAAUCCACCACAGAGGGCACAGCAGGAUGAAGCGAGCUGUUUUCCAUCUGACUCACUACGUGGAGCUAAUGCUGGUGGUCGACUACGACCGGUUUAUUUACAUGAAGAAGAACGAGACGGCCGUGAGAGAGGAGAUGGUUCAUCUGGCCAACUUCAUAGACAGCAUCUAUAAGCAGCUGAACAUCCGUGUGGUCCUGGUCGGUCUGGAGAUCUGGACUCAGCAGAACCGGAUCAGCACCGACGGAGGAGCCGGAGAGGUUCUGAGUCGCUUCACCCAGUGGAGAGAGAAGGAGCUGGUACCACGACAACGCCACGACUCAGCACAACUCAUCCUGAAGAAGAGCUUUGGAGGAACAGCAGGAAUGGCGUUCGUCUCCACCGUCUGCUCCAGGAGCCACGGGGGCGGGAUCAACGCGUUCCUGAAUAACAACCUCCCCUCCUUUGCCUCCAUCGUUGCUCAUGAGCUGGGUCAUAAUCUGGGGAUGAACCACGACGACGGUCGUCCUUGUGCCUGUACGGGGAACGGCUGCAUCAUGAACUCUGGAGCCACAGGGUCCAGGAACUUCAGCCGCUGCAGUGCUGAUGACUUUGAGAAGAUGAUCCUGCUGACGGGGGGGUCGUGUCUCCUGAACGUCCCCCGUCCUGACGAGGCCUACAGCGCCCCCUACUGUGGGAACCGCCUGGUGGACAUGGGGGAGGAGUGUGACUGUGGGACGCAGAAGGAGUGUGAGGAGGACCCCUGCUGUGAGUAUCAGACCUGUAAGCUGAGGUCUGGAGCUCAGUGUGCGUACGGAGAGUGCUGCUACAACUGUCAGUACCUACCUGGUGGGUCGGUGUGUCGCUCCUCUACAGAUGAGUGUGAUUUUCCUGAGUUCUGUAACGGAUCCUCGUCUCUCUGUCAGAGCGACGUCUUCAUCCAGAACGGUCAUCCCUGCAGGAACCGUCAGGCGUUCUGUUAUAACGGGAAAUGUCAGCACUACGACGGACAAUGUCAGGCCAUCUUUGGAUCCAAGGCGAAGGCGGCUCCUGAAAUCUGUUUCAAAGACGUCAACAGUAAAGGAGAUCGCUUUGGUAACUGUGGUUACCACAACUACGGCUACAAGAAGUGUGAGAGCAGAAACGCUCUGUGUGGGAAGCUGCAGUGCUCCAACGUUCAGGCCGCCACGGUGUUCGGCAUCGAACCGUCGAUCAUCAGCACGCCGAUAGGAGGAGCCAAAUGUUACGGAGUCGACUUCAUGCUGGGGUCAGACGUCCCCGACCCGGGGAUGGUCAACGAGGGGAGCAGGUGUGGAGACAACAAGGUCUGUGUGAACUUUGAGUGCAGCAGCGUCGACGUCCUGAAAUACGACUGUGACGUGGAGAAGAAGUGUCACGGACACGGGGUGUGUAACAGUAACAAGAACUGUCACUGUGACGACGGCUGGGCUGCACCUUUCUGUGAGGUCAAAGGUUACGGAGGCAGCGUGGACAGCGGACCCACCUGGAACGAUAAGGACACGUCGGUCAGAGACGGCCUGCUGGUCUUCUUCUUCCUCGUCCUUCCUCUUCUCGCUCUGGGUGCGUUUGUUUUCUUGCGCAGGAACGAGCUGCUGCGUCGCUUCGGGCUGAGCCGCAGGAAGAGGUCACAGGGAUACCAGGCUGACGGAGCAGCUUCAGCCAAUCCCAGCAGAGGACCGCCUCCCAGGGCGCAGCCUCCGCCCAUUACCCGCGGCAACGCCAACAAGAUUGUCAAAGACGGGCACAACGCUCAGCUACUGCCACCACAGGAGGUGGUGGAGACCAACAGGACGGCUUCUUCCUACGCUGUGAGGCCUCCUCCUCCUCCUCUAAAACCGAAACAUUCUGCUGCAUCUCAGCCUCUGGUGCCUCAAAGACCCGCCCCCGCUCCACCUGUUUAACCAAUCAGGAGGCCCGCCCCUGCUCCACCCGUUUAACCAAUCAGGAGGCCCCGCCACACCUGGAUGACACCCUUUCUACUCUUCUUCUUUUCCUCCUCUUCUUCAUCAUCAGUCCCAAACCUAGCAAUAGCCAGGAACUGAUUCUGGAGCCAAGAUGGCGGACAGCCAGCCCUGGACUGCUGUCCGGACCUGGACCCAGUCAGACUGGACUGGGAACUCACCAGAACUGACCUGAAGCAGCUGCUGUCCUACAGACGUUCUCCUUCUUUAUAUCCAGUUCAGUCUGGGGACAAAACUCAGCCAGCCAAUCAGGUGACUGCUCCAAACCAGCCAAUCAUAUCUCCAGAACAGCUGACCAGACACAGUCAUAUGUAACACCAGAUCAUUGCACCGUGACUCAGGCUAAUGCAGCGUGGCGUGGUUAGCUACCCUGCGUUACCAGUGACAUCAACAAGCCAAAUUUUAGAUAAAGUUGUCGUUACCCAACAAUAAUGAAUUCAACAUUUUGUAUUCCUGCUGUAAAUAGCUGAGCUAGUAAUUCAAUUGACUUCAUUUAGCAUGCUGGCUAGCUUACAAACAUCCAUCCAUCCAUCUUCCGUAACCGCUUAUCCAGUUAAGGGUCGCGGGGGUGCUGGAGCCAAUCCCAGCUGUCAAUGGGCGAAGGUGACAGGUCACCAGCCUAUCACAGGGCUGACAUAUAGAGACAGACAACCACUCACGCUCACAUCCACACCUACGGGCAAUUUCAGAGUCAUCAAUUAACCUAAGCUGCAUGUCUUUGGACUGUGGGAGGAAGCCGGAGAACCCACGCUGACACGGGGAGAACAUGCAAACUCCUCACAGAAGGUUGUCCAGCCCGGGAAUUGAACCCGGGCCCCUCUUGCUGUGAGGCCACAGUGCUAACCACUACACCACCAUGCAGCCCCUAGCUUACAAACAGAUGUUAGCAAACAUUUAGGCUGACAAGGUUAUUGCUAAUGCUAGUUAGCUGCAGUGUUUCCCAAGUACUACAGCUAGCACUGCAAAUGAUCCAUUAUGUAGUUAGCAAGCCAGUUAUUUCAUCUAAUGUUUAAUAGCUAAGCAAGCUAACAAUACCACAUGCUAAUUACCGCCAGUCACUGACGAGUCACUCAUUUCAUUGUCUUCUACAUUUCUGUGGCUCCAAAAUGUAAUAUUACUGCUAGUGCUAUUGUUGCCUAGUUGUUUAGCAUUUUGGUUAGCUUACAAACAGUGGGUAGUUUACAUGGGUAAAGUCUACAAGGUCAUAGCUAAUGCUAGUUGGCUUCAGUGUUUCCCAAAUGUCAUACCACUGCUAGCAUUACAAAACAUAUGCAGUUAGCUAGCCAGUUUAAAAGCUAAGCUAAGCUAAGCAAGCUUCAUCAUCAUCGACAUGUUGUUCUGAGGAGGCGCUACGUAGCACACUACUGCUAGCAUUAUAAAAUAUAGCUGAACUUCUGAGGAUUGUAUUCAUGUGUUCAUUUGUGAAGAUUAUCUCGAUGAACAAAACCUUUGUUUGCAUCAGAGAUUAUUUUCUGCAAUAAUCAAACAUCCAGAAGAAGAAUCCCAUCGACUGUCUGUGGCGUGAACCAGGGCCAUGCUAACAUGCUAACAUGCUAACUUCCUGUCCUAUCUGUCCACCAUUUCAUUUGAAAGUCAAAAUGUAACCACUAUAUUAAGAGCCCUAAAAUGUAUAUUCUUUGCUACUAUUGUAAAUGUUAAUUAAACAGCCAGGUUUAGCUAACGGUUAAUAACUGAGGGGUGCUUCUCUCUGAUUGGCUGGUUUGAAGACACAGAGGUCACUGGGGGCGGAGCUUACACCUGACCCCUUCUGUCUCUGAAUGAAGCUCUGCAGCCGGCUGAUUGAUUCCCCCUCCGCUCAGCGCUGUCAUCAGAAUGUAACGCACCCCUGCUGCUGUGUGCGGGUGCGCUUGGUCUCCACACCUGGUUCUCUCUCUCUCUCUCUCUCUCUCUCUCUCUCUCUCUUUCUCCAGAAUUGUAAAAUCACAGUAUGCAACACACAGAGCUCCUCUGGGUUUUUACUUCCUGUCUGGAUCUGAUGGUACGCUGGUGUGAAACACUUCAACAUUAUGGAGGAAGUACAUGAGUACAUUUCAUAAAAUGAGUCAAACGGACUGAUUCUAUGGAGGACGCUCCUCUUAGUUUGUCAAAAGCGUCUCUUCAGAGUGGAUCGAUGUGGAAACGCUGAACGAAUGUUUCAGUGUGGAGAAAGAAAACAUGAACUUCUAGAAAAUGGAAGAGGAAGAGACGACAGGAAGUGACUAUGAACUACAAACAUCACGCUCCGUAAAAGCUACUGAACGUCACAGAAUGAAGACAGGUGACCGUGUUCUCACCUGCUUAAAGGUCACCUGACUGAACAUUUAAAAACAUUCAGGAUGUUGGACCCCCCCCCCGCACUGAGGAGAACAUCAUGUUUUAGUUUAAUUUGGUCCUCCACUGUCUUUGCACAGAAUGCAGUGUGAUCAGACUGAGGAUCAAUGAGUCACUCACAGGGCUAACAUCGUGCCAUUUGAUCGCUUUCAUGCCAAAAAAUCGUAAAGAAUCUUAAAGUAUAAUCAGUGAACUGUAUUUCCUGUAGAAAGAGGAGAAAAGUCCUGAGACCAAACUGUUCAGACUGAAGUUAUUUCGAGACUUAAGAGCAGCUGAAGCCGAAGCUCAGUAGAGCAUCACGUUACAGUCAGUAAACCGCUGACACGUCACUUUACAGGAGAAAAGUCGGCUGAUAUUCUGAAAAAUCUGCUCAACUCGUGUUCAGACUCAAACAAACGCUGAAUGUUUGUGCUAACUAGAAAAGAGCAGCAAAUGUGGAUUCAUCCGCCGCGGAAAAUAGGAAUAGGAAUAGGAAUUAAUAGGAAUUUUCUUUUUAGGACUGCAGUGAUUACUUUUAUCAAUUAAUUUUCUUUUUUUUUUAAAUUUUACUUAUCAAUUAAUUGUUUUGUCUAUAAAAUGUCAGAUAAAAAAGAAAAGAAUGUGUCCAUCAGAAUUUAACCAGAGUCUUAGAUCAAAGAAGACCAAAGAAAAAAUAGAAAAAAGACUUAAGUGAUUGUUUCAAAUCUAUCAAACAUGGUGCUGCCUUCAUGCCUUUUUCCAAAUACACAAACAUUAUUUCAAAAGACAGUUUGAUUGAUUAAUCAGCUAAACAGUUAAAUGUAGUUAAUUAGUCGUGAGCUCACAUAAAACCUCAGUAAACGUUUUCUAAAAACUACAAUGUUUGAAAAAUCAAACUGUGAAUUUGUGUUUUUAAAGAUUUACGUCUUCAGUAGGAACCAGCGGGCCUCAGACAGGAAGUCAGACAAUGUUUAGGGACGGACCAACAUGUUUGGUUUGAGUCUGAACAUGAGAUUUAUACAAAAAUGUAAAUUAAAAUAUAUAAAAUAACAGCUGAGCAGGGCCGUAGGUUUACAGCCACACCUGAAGCCUACUGGUUACUAACUGCAGAGGUCAGAGGUCAGAGGUCGGGCGUGUGUGCAGUUCUAUAUAUUUAUGAUAAACCUGUGUAAACUCUAAGUACAGUCUGAUUGGUCGACAGGUGUCACUGAUCUCUCACCAUGGCAACGCUGAGAGUCUCAUCACCUUUUUCUAUUAUAAUAAAUGAUUUUAUGAUUGAUUUUUAUUUUUGCAAAUGUAAACGAGUUAGCUGUGGUAAUAAUUUUCAUUCUAUUAUUAGAUAUUGCGGUGUCACGUGAUUGAUUUUUAUGUCGAUGAUGGUGAAGUUAUAAUCUGACCUGCUUCCAUCAGCAGCAGGCUCAGAACUGUGGAGCCCAAACGGAGCUGCGUUCAAAGGGCUGUCCGCUGAGGUGAACCCAUCCUGCAGCUUCAUGUGACAAUUUAAUAAACUUCAUUAAAUCAGAGGACUGUCGUGUUUAUUUGGAAACCUUUUAAUAAAAGUGCAUGUUAAUGUCUGACCUACGAACAUGCUCAUGUUUGUGGACUGACUUCAAUUUUAAUUAUGAGAAUCAGCUUUAUCAGAGAAGUAGUGGACACAACAGGUCGGUUUAUAUACAUAAAACAAACAUGUAUGCACGUGUUAUUUUAAUUUAACUAAAAUAUUGGCUAACCUUUUCUUAGUAUAAUGUUUUUUUCUAUUUCAAAUGC